ACAUGUUUACCGAAGUGAUCAUUGAACGCACCCAAUGGCGUCUUUUUGACGAUGUCCUCACAAGUGGAUUUUGUUCCGUGAAUCAAAGCUUCAAUUGAAUCGCAUUUUCCACUGAAUUUGCAAUAGUUCUCCUCAAUAGUUGUGCGCGGAUAAAGUUGGGAGCAAGAUGUCGGUAGCCUACUCCCAGCAGCAGCAACAGCAACCGCCUCCUUCACAGCCUCCGCCACCGCAACCGGUUCAACGCGGACCACCUGGACCACCGCCCGGACGAGGUGGUCCGCCACCACCCAGCACCGCGCACAUACAGAAGCUUCUCGAUGAAAAUAUGGGCCUAAUACAAACCAUUCAAGAUUAUCAGAACAUGGGGAAGGCCCAUGAAUGCAUGUCCUACCACCAAACUUUGCAUCGAAAUCUUGUGUAUCUAGCGCAGUUGGCGGAUGCAACACAGAAUUUAUCGCAGAUUUUGCCGGCGCCGCAUAUUUUGCAGCAGAACCAAAAUCCGCACCCGAUGAUGCCUGGCGCGAAUCCCACGCAGCCGCCACUUCCACCGCACAGUCAUGGAAAUGAACCAGGCGGACCUGCUCCUAAUCAGCCGAUGCCAUACUCAAAUCAACCGCCACCGGUCUCGCAUCCGAAUAUGCCGCCAACAACGCCCCAGAACCAACCGCCGACAUCGUCGCAGCCAACUAGUGUGAUGCAGGCGCCAGCUGCUCAGCCGCAAACUGCAGGAGGGCAGUACCGCGGGCCUCCAACAACACAACAACCACCAAAUGCACCGCAGGCACAACCUCCGCAACGACCGGGCGGCCAACCACAGCCACAACCCCAGCAACCACCGCCACCACAACCGUAUCGGGGAAGCUACCAGCAACACGGGCAUUAUCCAGGUUAUCCACCGCAAGGACAGCCUUAUCAACCACAAUCAGGCUACCCAGGUUCCAUGCCGCCCUACGGCCCGCCGGGUCAAGGUUAUCCUCCGAAUACCCAGGCCUAUCAUCACGGAGGAAUGCCGCCAGCUUCUUCAAGUGGUGGCCCACCUCCUCCUAGUGUCGCGUACUCGAAUGCAACUCAACAUCAGGUUCCAGCGGCGGGAGGUUACCCACCAGGUCCAAAUCCUCAAGGCUCGCAGCCACCUCCUCAGAUGUACGGACCUCCAGCCGGAGCUCAAGCGCCACCAGGUCAGUAUCCAUCUCAAGGAGCGGGUGGACCUCCGCCACCGCCCAUGGGCUAUGGUUAUGCUCCGAACGGCGCUCCAGCUAAUUACGGUCAGCCGGGCUCGCAACCUCCUCCAGGCCAACCCAACUACCCACAACCAGGCAGCGCUUCGCAGUCUGCUUAUCCGCCCCAGCCUCAAUCGCAAUAUCAACAGAAUCCUGGCUAUCCAGGUGCGCAACAGCCGCCCAUGGGAAUGCCUCCUUCCUCGCAGGCUAAUCAGCAGCCGCCGGCCCAGCAGCCUCCUCCGAACAAUCCCGCUGCCUCGAAUAAUUCCAACAACUACAAUUCCUCACCCGGUCCCGGUCAGACUCCUCCACCCAGUCAAAACGCAGGAGCACCCAACAACGCUCCGUCGGCCCCGACUAGCAACGCAUCGAAUCAACCUCCAGUUUCCCAACCCCAGCAGCAUCCUCCAACGACUGGCCCGCAGUAUGCAACCGGUCCACCGCAGCCAAUCACUACGGCGCCUCCAAACCAACAGCCCCCGUACACUUCGCCUCCCGCAUCCUCCGGUGCUCCAACCACAUAUACUCAACAACCGCCCCAACAGCAGAUUCCUCCUCCCGCCAACACGACAGCCAGCCCCGCUCCAAACGGAGCUCCUGUGCCCACGCAAUAUCAACCUCCGCCUGGAUCUCAAACUUACGUGGCUCCUCCGGCCGGGCAGCCUUACGCUCCAAGCGCCGGGCCGGGAAGCUACCCCUCGCAUGGUUAUCAUCACCAAGGCUAUGCUUCAAUGCCGCAGGGACAAUAUCCACCUGCGCAAGGGUAUCAAGGCUAUCGACCACCUGGUCAGAUGCCACCUCCUGGACCACAAGGUCCACCUGCUGGCAGCUAUCCGUACAGCUAUCAGCCGCCACAGUAAUUUUUUUAUGAUUUCAAUAUAAUUUUUAACAUUUUUUUCCAUAUGAUUACUACAGCUCAACGACCGACGAAGAAGAUUUUAUGAUUGAAACUUAGGCGUAGUUCGUAUGAAAGCAUAGAACACGAAAACUUACGAAGUGCACGCCUUGACAAAAUAUAGUAAGAAAAGUCAGUAGUGCUGUGAUUGCAUGCUUGAAAAACUUGCGUGGAAUUCUAAAUUUUAUUCUCUAUUCGUUGAGACGCGUAGAUAACUCAAUUUUAGCUUUUUCGGAGGAGCAAAUAAGGUUUGGAACACAAAAGUAACUUAGCGGGAAAGUAGUGUUCACAGAAGACCAUUAGAUGUACGAAACUUAGCCAGACUGUUCCCGAAACAAGGAACGAUUCUGUUUUUGCAAUGCUUCCCAGGCUCAUCGUAGGACUACUGCGACUGCGCACUCCCUCCCAAAAACCUACGCGGAACCAAGCCCUCUGACAGCACUACUAACUACGAAACUUGAUCAUGUUCUAAGUGAAUGUCAAAAAAGUAAAUGUUUUAGCCGUAGUUAGCCCCUUCAGUAUUUUUAAGACGAAAAUAAAAAGUGUUAAGCCCUAAAGCACGGUGGCUCGGAGUAGUCCGUACUUCGUUCUCUCCAUUUUAAAUGAAAUUAUAUCGUUCGUAUUCGUGUCUUGUUCAGCGAGAGGAAAAAUAAACUUUCUAAAGUGAGUGACUUUCUAGGGCGAUAUUGAAGGAUGGACUCAUUUUAAAAAAUUUAUCACAACAUACCACGUUAUCUACAUACAUGUCGGAACUGUUCAGAUUUUAACUUCCCUUUGUCGAUAAUCUCAAAAGAAAAAUAAAAAUGUUGGGAGUCAUGUUGAUUCUUAGCAACUAUAAUGACUUGUUUCGUGUAUGUAUUAUAUUAGAGAUUUCGUGAUUUGAAUAAAGAUUUAUUAUAUUUAAGUAAAAAU